CGGAUCUUUCCUCGUCUACUGAGCGUGUUGCCGCGCUAAAAAAAAUAUAAGUCGCUGAACUUGUGUGAGGAAACUGUUCGAUUUUCACGAUGGAACUGGUUUCUGAUCAUUUCACUAUUGUAUAAUGAAAGCUCAGACUGUGUUUCAAAUGAUGUGCUUCGUUGCCGUACAAACAUCGCAUUUCUCACUUUAUGCCGACCUCUCGGCGCUUUUCCGUGUAUGUAUGAUCAGUCUUUAGUAUGAUAGGCUGUUGUAUUUGUUAGUGUUAUCAUGGCGAUUUCUGCCAUGCGAUAGCUUACAGUCAUUUUAUUUGCCGUGCGCUGAUAGCAUGUGAACUAGGUCUUUUGCGCAGUCCGACGGUUCGAAUGUUUCGUUGGAACACUUUGCAUUGGUAAUUUCGCUCACUUAUAGUUUACGGCUUGUUUUUCUGUUUAUAUCUUCUCUGGAUGCAUGCGUUGGUUUUGAGCUAGCAGACCGGAUCGUGAAUUACAAGAAAGUCGAGCGACUUGCUGCCAUCAUGUCUGUUGGAAGCCGUUUACUCGGGCUUCAGAAGUACUGAUCAGUUGCUAAUUGAGUGGUCAUUUGGUUACUUCAUGUCCAACGCACAUUUAGUUAUCGUGGCUUUUACAAGACUUGUGAAGAAGGUUUUACCCCGGAUUUGGUUGUUCCCAACAUACGUAUACUACUUCUGACACAUAGCUUGCACUUCAAAAAGUAAUUAGAUAUUGCUGUGAAAAUGUUUGUAGAGCCGACUUCGCCCUUAUAAAACACUAUCGAGUCCUCGCACAUUUAGCAAUCCAAUCAGCAUGGUUAUAACGGCGAGACAGAUUAUCGUUCAUAGGCCCGCGCAGAACCAAACAUGCAUUAGCGCUCUUUGACAUCAGCUGCGCGUGAGCCAGUUAAGUAAACAUUAAAUUACCGCAGUUGCAAUACAAUACUGCCAUUAAUAACCACAUUAUCAAGUGGUAUGACAGCAAAAAACUGCUUUUCUACUGGGCAAUGUGUUUGUACAGAAAUUUCUUAUUGAAUUAUAAGGAUGUAUUUGUUUUGGCCGUGAAAAAAAGUCGGACUAGUGCACUACAAGACCAAUUUCACCUGCAGUUUAUUGGGAUAGUGGGAUAGUUUUCGUUAACAUUCCGGUAUUCGUACCUUCCAUCUCGCGAAAGAGCUUCACCUCCAGUCUUCGUGUAUGUUUAGUAUAUCAUUCUCUUACCUGGGCUCUUCCUCACCAUACAUGUGCAAGUUCAAUGGAAUACAUUUUGUUCGUGAGAUUUAGCAGCUGGGUGCAUAACUUCAAAGGGAACCCUAGGUAGAUCCUUAUAAAGUCCAAAGAAAAGGCAAGAUCUUGGAUGAGUUGAGCAAGUUAAAGUAUUCCUUGCAUUUGCAUAAUUGGGGAACAACUGUUGUACCCUUUGCCAUUCAGAUAUUCUUCACAAUGUGCAGUUCAGUUUUCUCUCUGAUAUCCUAGGGAGCUGUUGCUUUCUGUCCUCGUCACUUAUUCUCUAUCGAAUUCCUUGUGACUAAAUUGAAUGUGGGGGAUGUAAUCCCUUUAAUAUUGAAUGUUCAGGCACCUUUACUGAAGUCAUUGCCUUCAGAAUCGUUUUGUACAAGUUCAUAGAUGUUUGAUUUCAACUUUAUGCUUCAUUUUUGCUUGAAGAAAUGCAAUGUGAAACCUGUUCUUCUGCCACAUUUACUACAGGCCAAUUAACUUGUCCCGAGUGCUAGCUCAUCUGUGCACCUGUGAAGUGGUCACAUAGGUGGCUAUUUUUAGUCAUGAUGAGUUUUGUUUUUUGCUGAAUAAUGUAUAUUCCCUUCCGCUGCUUGUGUAGUGCAUUGUAGGGGGUGAUCAUUUUUAAGUUUUAUGGAAUUUAAAAAAAUCCUCUGUGCCAGAUAGCAUAAGUCUCUUUGAGCUGGAGUAUUCGAAGAGGUGGACAUUACUAGCACGAGAAAUCUAAACAUAUUUAACGAAUUAACAGAAAUUCACUUAUUAACUUCUUCAUUAAUUACUUUAUGGCACAUAUUGCAGUUUACGAAUUUUAGUUGGUGAGGUUGCAAGACAGAUCCGCUUAAAUUUCCAGGAGGACGCCAGGUUUGAGAUAUAUUAUUUCCCAAAGUAUGGAACGAGAUAUAUAGGCGCUCGAGCUACUUUUGUGCUUCAGUGGUGCAUAAAAGAGUAUUUUGUUAAAAAAAUUAAGUGGAACAACAGUACAUUUUUUUGCUGAGUUUGAUGGCGCUAUCUCCGAACUGGUGCCAUUCUGGAAAUUAAUUCCAAGUGCCUUUCAAACUUGCCGGCUACAAUUCGUAAAUUGCAAUAUGUGCUGUAAAGUAAAUAAUUAAAAAGUUAAUUAGUGAUUUUUUGUUAAUUAGUUGAAUAUGUGUUUCGAUUUCCAUUGCAAGUAAUGUCCGCCUCUCUGAAUAAUCCAACUCAAGCACUAGAAUUAUGUUAUCUGCAACAGGCAAUUUUUUUCAAUUCCGUAAAGCCUAAAAAUGAUCACCACGUAUGUCAUUUGCUGCAUGUGCACCUGUCUAAAUGUUGAACAUUCUCUAGGAAGUUUGUCGCACUGUCUAACGUCUGCUCACUUUUGAUACCAAUAUUUUUUUUUUUACUCUCCUUGAAGCAAAUGAGUACAUAAAGUAUUUUUAGAUUGUGCUACUUAUUGUACAUCAAAGCAAUGAUUUUGUUUUAAGGCACUUCACAAGAUAAAAACAAUUAAGUGCUUUAGAAAUAGGCAAGCAAAACACCUGCUGUCUUAUGGCUAAAGUGUAAUGUUAUUGACAACUGAUAAUAAAUGUACAUGGGUACCGUUGUCGUAUACCUCAGAACUUGAUCUCUGCAGCUUUUUGAUAAGGCUUUCAGACGCUCUGCUGUCCGAUAAUAAGAUAACGUGGCACUGCCAUUGACAAGUUGUUGUCGUGACCUUUGUCAUCGCCGAACACUAGGGAGGCUGUCACUGGCUUGGGGCUCUUCGUUCGUGUGUCCUCAUACACUUUGUGGGAGUCAGAAGAGAUCUGUCAUUGUAGCCCUUCUCUUUUUCUACUCUACCUGAACCCUUGCGUCGUAACUUCUUGCAUUUUAAAGCACAUAUUGCAAUGCUCAUUCCUCAUUAUUGGUGACGAUGAAUGUGAAGCAGACUGACUUGAUCCUAAAGCGAUUGACUGCCAUCAUUGUGCAGCCAAGAUGUGGUAGAAGGAACACGGACGUGGGCAGCAUUAUGGGCCAGGCACACCCAACAGGAAGCACGAGGCGGCGGCGGCUCUCGUCAUUAUGCAGGCCUUUCACCCCACACAGCCGCAACUUGAGUGCCACCUUCCACGUACUGGACACGGAGCUACGCUGGGAACUCCUUAACAUCAACACUGCCACAGAAGAGGAGCUGAUGACACUGCCAGGUGUCACAAGAUGCAUUGCACGCAACAUUGUUGACUACCGUCAAGCCAUCGGGGGAUUUAAAAAGGUUGAAGAUCUGGCACUGGUUUCUGGUGUUGGAGCCUCACGUCUCCAAGUUUUUCGAUCUGAGAUCACAGUGCGGCGUGGGCCUCCCUCCUCGCGCUCCCCACGAAUGGGUGUUCCCCAACGUAGCCCCUUGCGAGAUAUGGAGUUGUAUCAGCUGGUGGCACCCCUGAGCCAGCGGCCGUUGGCUGCCCGCAUUGAGACUGGCCCUGUGGGUGCCUUCUGGGUUGCUCUUUGGAACCUGGCGGGCCUCACAUGUGACAAGGCAUCUAACCUAGGAGUGCUCGAAGUAGUCUGUCGCACUGCCCUGGAGAAUGGAAUUGCCAUCAUCGCCUGCCAAGAAAUUUGUUCAAGGGAUGCUCUUGACCUAGUAGUGCAAGAGCUAAAUGACCCUCAGCUGAGUGCAGUAGCCUCAUGGGAGCCUCAUGAUCGCCAGUGGGAUCAAGCAACGCCCCUACCUGCUUCUGGACCCGUCGGCCUGUUUUCGGGCUUCCUGUUCAGUGGACGACAGGGAAUUCGCCUAUCCGAAUGCUAUGCAGUUGACUUGGACUCCAGCAAUGGUCUUACGGGGCCUUGUCCCUGUGUUGCUCGCUUCAAGGCACCUGGGCUGGAGUUUGUCGUUGUAAGCAUUCUGCUGCGGUCGCUCAAGGCACAUGACAUAAGCCUCCUGUUUCCCAGCUUUGUUGCAGUUAUCAGCCAGAGACUCCGCGGUGAGGACAACAUUCUUCUGAUGGGGGAUUUGCCACCUACUGAAAAUGCGGUACGAAUGCUUUCGGACAUGGGGUUUCACCUGCUAUGGCCGAGCAAGUUAAAGCCCCAUGAUACGACACAAAUCUGGUGCUCCAGCAAGCUGCGCAAGUUUUGCACAGGUAGCAUCCGGCGAGUACAAGAGGGCCUCAGUCAUCCAUUGAUCCCAUGUGGCUGGCACUGGGGUGGAUCUGUCAGUGAUCUGCCCCCACUCCUGGUGCAGCUGCUGACUGACAUUCCCAACGGCCAAGCAUCAAUAUGAUGGCUUCUUACCUGCCCCCAGAAACACACUCAGUGCCAGAAACAGAGCUACCGGCCCCUUUGUCACUACACUGGCCAGCAUAAGCGAUCUGGGGCUGCUGCCUUUGUUGUUCAUCCAAGGAUUUGCAUCAGCCGUAAAUGUAUGUCAUUAUGCAGUGCCAUACAAUUGAGACUGGGCCUUGAGAUCUGGGUCUGUGAUUCCCUCUUUUCCUGUGUGCGAAGUUGACUGGUGGUUCUACAUGGUGGUCACCUGCCAGUGAUGUCUUAGUUUAGAGUAGGACACCUGUUUUUAGACAUUGCUGUGAAGAAACAUUCAACCAUGCUUCAGUGCCUCUACGGGAGUUCUGGAGUUUGUGGUGGGAUAACUGCUGAGAUGGCAAGAAGCAUCUUCCCUGUCAGACAUCCUCCUGAUGCCUUAUCGGUGGCAGUUGACGUGUUUGGUGUUCUGUAAUAUUUUUAGGACCUUAUCUGAAAUGUGUUAUACUGAAUUAACUGUGGCUUGUCACACAUAUUUUAACCUUGCUGUUCUUGAAUCAUAUAUAGUAUGUAGAAUUACAUUUGAAAUGUUCCCAGUGCCUUGGGCACUCUGCAGGAAGGGAGACCUUACUUGAGUAUAAUUACCUAGUCGUGUAGCUUUGUUGGCUUAUAACACUGAUGCUUGCUCAUGUGCUUUGUAUUAAGUUUAUUAUGAGGUUUCUAUUACCUAACCUGAGAAAGGUGCUUUGCAUCUGACUCUGUUAGUGCAUAAGAAGUGCUGUCUUCUAUGAGUUUUAGUUGAUUGACAUAUGAAACCUGAAACUAGUUGAACUGUGCCUAAGUCAGAGUAUUUGCCUUGUUUUUUCUGUGGUAUUUUAACUGUAAAUAAUCAGAGAUUUCUACUACCUGUGGAGAUGAGUCAUGUAGUCCAAUUUAUGCUGUAAAUCUGUACAGAUAUCAAAAGGCACACACAACUGCACCUAUGCUAAAACUUGCCCAGAGAUUGUGGUAAGCAGAAUAACUGAUCUUGCAGAGUCAUAAAAAGAGUCACUUGCAAAGGGUUGUAUGCAUAGUUUACCAGCAUUUUAAGUUUUUAAUGGUACUUAUCAUAUGCGAGAUUUUAAUGUAUCCUCUGUGCAGCUUUAGGUAUAUUUUGUCUGAUGCGAAGGUCCCAGUUGCAUCUUUGGGAAAAACUGUUUCAGCCUGUCUGUGCACGCAAGCUCUAACAAUAGUGCUUUGUAGAAGCAUGCCUCGCUGGGGAUGCAGUUUGUACCCUUCUUAUCCGCCUUUCGAAUGGCAGUGAUUUCAUUUGUGUAUCAAGUCAACUCUCCUGUUUUGUUGCGCCUGCGCAGCAGGAAUGCUCAAAUUCCAAGUGCUUUAUUAAGUCAUGAAAUGGGUGAGAAAGAAAGAAUACAUUAUUGCUGACUUGCAGUGGCUUGUCUAAUUUUUUUUUUUUUUCCUGUGAAUAACAGCAUUGAGCAAAAUUUCAGGCAGGAAUCUUGCUUGAUGCUUGGUGCUAAUGUUCUAAAAGUUUAGUUUUGAGAUGAUAAUUAUUUUCAGUAGGUGAUCAAGCACAGGGAUAUUUCUGUACGAAAAAAAAAAGAAAGAAAAAAAAUCAAACAAACUUAUUUUUAUAGUGGGGGGACCUCUGACAUAAGGCCUAUUUUCUUAAAGCUUGCCUUAACAGCCUGAACUGGUGUGAUGUGAUCAGAAGUGACACUAGAACAAAACAUGGAGAGUUGGCAACAAACGCCUCCCAAGGAGCGCUGUGUUAUUUGUUAUCCGUAUUGAUAGUACUGAUGAGACUGGUGUGCUUUCAAUUGUUGUGUUGUUUUGGACAUUGCUGUAUGUAUCAUGCAAAAUGACUCUGCACAAAUGCAUAAACUUGUAAAGAUUUGUCCUUGUAUAGGUCCCAUGUGCCCAUUGUGAAGUCUUAUGUGCAUGACAUUUGUGUUUUUGUAACGCUGUUGCUUUUAGAUUACCUGUUUUUUUUAUGUGGUCACUCCUGGUAUGUAUGGCUGGACUGCAUUGGGACAGUUAUUUAAAUCUCUGGCAAGGAGGUGCUCUCACAGGUCCCAUUGAUAAAGGGCAAUUGAAGCUCAUCUUUGUAUAGAAAAUUCAGGAAAAACUACACCAAUGCACCUAAGUCAGACAUGACAUUAGUUCACUCAUUCAAGGAGAUUCUUUUUCCAAUACCUGACAAGUAAUAUGGUUUGCUGCAUUUUUGAAGUAAUUAACAAGGUGACACUUUUGUUUCCGAGCUACCAGUCUCCAUUAAAUUGAAUAGGUGUUGCUAAUCCUGUAUUGUGGGAAUGCCCCAAUUUCUAGUCCCAGCAGGCCAUCCAUGGCUUUGUUGAUGUUCUUUCGAUGCCUGCAAUAAUGCUGCACCUGUCUGCUGAAUCGCUGCAACAUCACUAGCAUCUACUGUGUGUGCAGUUGAACUGAUGUUGCUGUGAAAAAAAAAAUACAUUAAUAACCUGCUUGAUAAUAUAGCUUGUUUUAUCUUUUGUCAUCAGUUAAUACAUAAGGUAAGAAUUGCCAGUCAGUGUCUGUCUUGGAUCAACAUACGCAAGAGGACCUUUUAAAGGGUUGAUGAUUCAGCAUUUAAGGAAUGCAGGUUUUUUUUUCUCUCCCUGGUGGCAGUCUUCACUAAGGUCGCAUUACCUCUAUUAUAAAAAAUGCAGUGAUAUGUUGUACAAUGGCAGUGGUGUUAUCAACAUGUAUAAAACAUUCGUGCCAAUGUACAUAAAUUCAUAUGGCAGGGCAGCUGUGUCAUCUGGUUGUCAUCUACAAAAGAUGAAAUGUUUGAAGGUGCAUGCUACAAUUUGGGUGUUUUUCAUUUGCUGGAUAAAAUAUAGUGACCACCUAUUUGCUGCCACUUUUUGACGUUUAUAUGACUUUGCAAGCCAGGAUGUACUCGGUAAAGUAAAUUUUGUGUUGCACACUGCAUAUUCUGAGCUUAAUAUCACAAUGGCUGAGAAUAGAAGGUGCAACAUGUACGUCACUCAGAUCGAUGUGCAUUGUUGCCAUAUUAUGGUAACACAUUGAAUUGAACACAUGAGGGAGGGAGGUGUGUUUUGGGACAUAUGCUGUGCACACGUAAGCAACAUAUUUAUCAUUUGCUUACAUGCACUAAAAUGUUAAUGAGAUGAGAACUAAAGUACUACUAACCAUAGUCACUCCACUUGCAAAAGCACUAUUAAUCACAGUGGUAAACUCAACCUUCAAGAGCUUCAAUACAUCAGUGUGCAUAUUAUCAGCAUAAGUUUACAGGGCACGGGAUAUGCUCUAAGGCUGAGUAUUUUUGUAGCCUGGGCACUUAGUCUGAACUUCAGAUUUACAGCUUUCACUAUUUUGAGCUGCCGACACAAUGUUGAACUGCUCUACAGGCUGCAGGCGAAAAUUAUGCUGGAAUUCGGUUUUUUUUUCUUAGAAGCCUUUGCUUGCAAACUUUGGACACUGAUAGUACCUAGCGUUUUGAUUGAGCAGCUAGGUGGCACAGCAUGUUCUUUAGGCUUCCUUAUGUAACCGCUUCGGUGCUUGGGUAUUGUUCUCUUUCUCUUUUUAUUUCUUUUUUUCUUCGUGCUCUCUACAGCUCUUCUUGUUACGUGGGGCUUUAGCUACAGGUUUCUGGACAUGUAUAUACUACGUACAAAAAAUGCACCUUUGAAACUUUUUCUUUACCCCAAGGACUUUUUUUUUUUUUUUGCUUUCCUUCUCAUGGAAGACAGGUACAAGCACAUGCAAAAGUCUGGAGACCAUUGGGACUGUGAGAAAAAUGUCGUUUUUCGCAGCCUGCAUGUGCAGUUAGAAAUGAAGUGGCAAAAAACAUAUACUACUAUGCAUUUCAACCAAUGCAGUGCAUAUCCAAUUUCUUGACUCUAUGGCUGUGCCAGAAAAAAAAAAAAAAUUUUUUUACAUUGUCUGCUUACUUUUGUUUGUAAUGGUACACUGGUGCAACUAAUUUGGCUGAGUGUUUCAUUGAUUUGAGCAUUUUCAUUUAACAUUUCCAAAUUGCAACCUGUCAGGGUACAUUCAAAAUGAGCAUGCAAAUUUUAUGCAAGUAACCUUUAGUGUUGCAAGGACUUCAUUCAACUUGCUUUCUUUAUAAAAAAAACCCUAAGCAGCUUCAAGCAUUUUGUGGCCAUUUCACUUGAAUAAGCCUAUCUCUGUGCACCCGUAAGCUGAAAGGCUUUUAUUGUCAUUAUUCUAUUAAGUAUUAAUGCAUUUUGCAGUAAAAAUAUUUAUAAGAGGUCACACUGUUACCACAGGCGCAUGUGACAAGCUGAAUAAGCUGGAAUUGGCAUGGCGUACAUCUAACGUAACAAAUAGUUAGUUGAAGGAAAGUGAAUUUAAUGUUCUUAAUAAGCUCCUGUGUACUUAUUUGUGGCAUUUUUUUUAGUUCAGAUAUGGUAAGUAAACUUUCAAAAAUUAUUAGUGGUUCUGUUUUGUGGUGUGUUUUGCAAGUGUUUGUUGUUUUUCUGAGUAAUGGUGGUGUGUUUUUUAAGUGUUUGUUGUUUUUCUGAGUAAUGGUGUGCAUGUAAUCUUUAAUUACAUCACAGAAAAUUUAGCAUGAACAGUUACAUCAGCUGAUGUAGCUGCUAAUUAAAAGAGAAAAAUGUUCUUGCUCAGAUGCUUCCUACAGGUUUUGGUUGUGCCCCAUUUAUUGAUGCUUUAUGUUGUUGAAUUUUUGGUGAGGCUUGGCUCAGGAUUGUUUUUACUUUGUUACAUUGUUUGGUUUUAACAUUCCUCUUGCUCAAGAAAAAGAAAUGCUGUAUGUUUUAUUAUUGCACAGAUUAGUCACUGUACUAUCCGAGACACAUACUCAUUACCUGUAGCUUGCCAGCAUUGAGUUUAUGUGUAGGUCAGUGUAGUGCACAUGUUGAGCAGAUGCUGCUGUACAGCUUACAUUGUAACUUUUUAAUGCUGCUGAUUGGAAAAUCUGAACCUGUCCAGCUGCUGACACAGUACGUUUUCAGCCACUGUGUUGGCUGAAACAGUGUUAGCAGUUGAAAUUUUCAAUAAAACUAUGGACUAGUCAAGAUUAAUUUUGGUAAUAAAUGUGAACAUUUUUCUCACUCUUGUGACAUUAGGAGAACACUUAAUUAAAUACAGCAGCAAGGAAGGCAUGGGCCAAUAAUCCUUUCACAUUUUCUAGCAUUACUUGUUGUUUUGUGAACAAUAGCUUGUACAUUUGGCAGCCAGAGCAAGUGCUGGAGAAUGUUUACUGGUUCAAUUGCAUACAGAAAAAAAAAAGGGGGGGGGGGGGGGAAUAAAAGGAUUUCACGCUAUCUAUGGCAACUGUGCACCAUUGAAAGGCAGUACUGCAGGUGACUUGGUCACUGUGCCAUUUUUCAUUAAUGACACGGUCUUGUGUCUCUGUGUGUCAUAUGCUGUUAAUAGGUUGCUGUUUUUCAUUGGUAACUUCAUUUGAACAAAGUCGCCAGCUUGCGGCCCAAAACGCCCCAUUUUUAGUGAAAAUUUGCAAAGUGAUGAUGAUGACUCUUGGAAUUUUGCUUUUAUUAUGCUUUAAUUGUUUCUAGAUGUCUUCCUUAUUAUUUUUUAAACUAUAGCUUUAAGUGAAUGGCUGCAUUGGUGAUUCAGCAGUUGAAAUGUAAAAAGGCAAAGCAACCCCCAAUUUCCCUAAAACGGUAUCAGAUUUUAAGAUUUUUCUUUCUUUAGGCUAGCAGCUUUGAUGCACCCAGAUGGCUCACUAAUAAUCUCUUUGGUAUGACUUCAUAAAUAGUGACAAGUGGAGAUGCGUAUCCUCCUUGUGAUAAAAUGGGGAUGAGGCAUUGAGCUUCAUUGAAUUUAGCGAAGACUCCUUGAAGAACUUCACUUGGGUAGCUUACUGGCUAUUUACAUCGCUGAAAAAGCCACUGAGAUUCUAUAAGGGUAAAGUUGUCAUUAGUUGACUAAAAACUCAGUAAAUUUAGCAACUUCCUUUUGAAGUUACUGACAUUAAUAGGACUGAUACGUCUUUAGGAGAUAUUGCACCUCUGUCGCUCUCUCUCUUUUCAUGCUGUUGUUUAAGAUUUUAAGAUAUUUUGUCAUUUCUUAAUAUGUACAACUAGCAAAUUGUCUUAGAACUUGUUUCAUAAGGCUUCAGAACAGGGGACCCUAUCACUUUGGGUACGCAAAGAAGCAACCUUCCACUGCUGCGAAAGCACAGUGCACAAACCACCCUUCAGAAUUUUCGUUAGUGUCUGACCCACACCUAGAAGUUGAGAAAUGGCACAUCCAUGCAAAGCUGACUUCGGGGAAUGUGGUGGAACUUGUCAAUGCAGGAGCCGCUAGCUUUGCUGCUGUUUUGCUGCUGUGCACUGUGCCUUAAGUUCUGAGGGAGUGAUUGAUGCAGCAGCCUCUUGCUUUUCAUCAUCUUACCUUCACCACAAAGAUUGAGCGAUCGAAUACUGCUGCUCAAGACUGCAUUACAAUAGCUGCAUGUCUAAACUUAGUUGUAUGUGCCCCUAUGGAUUCACCACCAUGGCACUGCAAUAUCAAAACAAGAGCAGUGUGUAUGCUAAUUCUUCUGGCACAGAUCAGCAAAAAUAAGCGAUUAUUAUGUAAAGGGCUUCGUCUUUUUAUCUCAAUUUUAUUUCCUAGAGCUUGAAGCAGGCAGACAUAGCACAGAUGUUGUCUUUGCAUUGAAUUGCAUGCAGUAAAUGAAUAACGGAACAGAUCAUUCUCUAUUCUAGAGCCAUCUUACUUUUGUAAAUCCUACACUGACCAGGCCCAAACUCGGUGUACUGCCAAUUCUGGGUUCCCUAUUCUAAAACUACUUAUUAAAGAAAAAGUGUUAUGCAAACCAUGUCUAAUAAUGCUUUUGCAUUUUAUCAUGGCUACAGUAUACUGGAAAGCCUUUGAGAUGUUUGUACAUUAUUUGAAGGAAAGUCUAAAGCAAAUCAGCCAAGUGAACAUUUAAAGUACAAUACUGUUAAUGAAGGCGAUCGCAAAAGGAGGGUAGCAUACCAAUAUCUGCACUAAGAAGUGUAUUUGUGCAUCUGUAGACAAACUGUUUGUCACAUUAUUAUCUUGUCAAUUGUAGCAUUACUUUUUUUUUUUAAAGUCAGUGUUGUACAGUGCACUCCGCUUAAAAGAAAUGAAAAGUUGCUGUAUCGAAAGCAUUGCUAUCAUUGGGAUGUAAGCAUGUUCAUUAGCCUGCUAAAAGCACAUUCAGUAGUGCUGUUUGAAAGUGUAUAAAAUGAGGAUGUUUACACGUAGUAUCAUUCACAUAUGUCAAAAAGGCACUUAUUUGCAAGUUCAGGGCGCUUUAGUCUUCCAAGGUGUCCUUGGCAUUUUGGUUCCACCAAUAAAUGUUGGUGCAGCAAGUGUUUAAACUUCCAAUCUAAUGACUGUGUAACUAAAGUGUGGCCUGGCUUUGAAGGCAGUCCACAGUAGUUGGUGCUUUGCUUGUGCAAAUGACUGUUGGCUUCAUUGGUAAAAGCAUAACAAGCACAUAUGUACUGUAUGUAGUAUUGGUAAAGUUUUAGCAUAUAUAUGUUAAGGUGCUAUUUCAUGAAAGAGGAAUUUUUCACUAGUUUUGUUAAACCAAAAUUCUGCCUCCAGAAUUAAAUUUUUCUGUUAACUGCCCUGUACAGAUGUUCUCACAAGUUGUGUGUGCACUGGCUUGAAAUGGCUUCCAGAAUAUUGCUAGUUGCUAGCAAAGCUUUGCUGCUCAGAUUUUAACUGAAGUUUUUCUAUGUAAAGGCACUGGCUAAUGCAUAUUACAGUGAUCGUUGUGUGAAUGGUGCCAUAUACAAGUGUGGCAAAAACGCCUUAAUUUUUUGGUGUCACAGAACUAUUGUUUUUAUACCCUUAUAUUAUCAUUUAACAAGACAUACACAUUGUCUCACCUUCUGUGCAAUACAGUGAAAACUGUGGGUUGUGUGAGCCAGCCGAGAAUGAGAAACAGAUAAAUAACUCAUCCAUUGUCCACUGCUAGUCUUCCAAUGCAUAAUGUCAUUUGGAAGGAUUGCAGUAUAUGAGUGGCUCACUGUGAGCAAGCUCUGCUUUCUGCCAGGCAAAGUUAAGUGGUCGUCAUUCCUGUUUGGCUGGCAUGACCCAUUGCUUUCAUUUCUCUGCAUGGAGUUGUUGAGAUGGACGUAACUUAUAACAGUGUGGCAGUGAUGGUGCAUGUGAUAAUUGUCAUCCUAGAAUCAUAUUUUUAACAGGCUUAUCAGAACGGUGUUUGCUUUUCUGUUCGUUAAAAUCUGCUAGAAUUCACAUGACACAUUAAUAUGGGACUUUGGAAAGUGGAAAAACUAGGUUCCUUAAAGAGAAACUAUCUCCGAGAUACUGCAUAUAUUUUUCACCUGGUUGUAUGUCUGUUAUGGUGUUCUUAUUAUGCUCAAUUUAAAUAUUAGGAGUACCAUGCUUCUGUUACAAUGUGUUCUCUUGUGUCCCGUUUGUGUUACUUGUUCUUAAUUGUUUGCAACACCUAUAAAUGUGAUUCUGUGUUGAUUGAUCAUAUACUGAUUGAGAUAUGUACAUGUUAAAUAAUACAUCUUGUUAUUGAACCCUG